AUGACGGAUUCUAAGGAAACCGAGAGAUUUAUCUUCAAUGCUCUGAGAUUAGGAUAUAGGCAUAUCGAUACUGCAUUUAUUUAUAACAACGAACGCAGCAUUGGUCGAGCUAUAAAAAUGUGGGAAAAAUUGGAUGCGAAUAAUUCUAGAAAAGAUCUUUUCGUUACGACCAAGUUACCACCUUAUGGUAACAGAUCUACAGAAGUUGAAAGAUAUUUAGAAGAAUCUUUACGUCGUCUCCAAUUGGAUUAUGUAGAUUUAUACUUGGUGCACCAUCCAUUUGCUCUACAAAGUUUUGGUUUCGAUAAUAUGAAAUCUCUCGAAUGGGAUCCUGGUGAUUUGAUUUCACAUGAAUCUUUAUGGAGGGCUAUGGAAAAACAAGUUGCCUAUAAAAAAGCCAGAUAUAUUGGGGUAUCCAAUUUCAAUAGGGCUCAAUUGGAAGUUAUAAUGAAUAAUUCAAACAUUAAACCUGCAGCUCUACAAGUUGAACUACAUCCUUAUAUGCAACAACAAAAUCUAAGAAUGUUCUGCAGAUGGUUCGGAAUAACUCUGAUUGCUUAUAGUCCAUUUGGCUCUUAUGGCAAUUUGGUGAGCCAAGAAUUUCCUUCGCCAUUAGAAGACCCUUCCGUUAAUAGAAUUGCCACUGAACUUGAUAAACCACCAGCUCAAGUCAUCUUAUCCUAUCUGCUAAAUCUAGGAGUGAACGUGAUUCCAAAACCAAGCAAUUAUUGCCAACUGGUGGAAAACUAUCAUGCUGGAAGUAUAGAGUUGUCUUUAUCACAGAUGAAAUCUUUAAGAAAAAUCGAUAAGGAUACUGAAGGCAGAAUUUUUGACUUCAAAUUCUGGAAAGGUGUCACAGAUCAUCCCAUGUAUCCAUUCCCGGACGUCAUUGCAAAAAUGGUAAAGGCCGAGGCGCAGAAAAAAGAAAAUUUCGAAGGAGCCAGAUUUAAUAAAUAUCAGGAGAGACAUGACAUUUAG